UUGAAAACGAUGUCAUUUCACCGUUGUCGUCGACGCAGCCACAGCAUAACCGUCCCUUAUUACACUCGGUCCUUCAUCUACUUCAUCUCUAUUUCUUCUCAUCCCCUGACAUUCAUCCUGUAAUCCUCUUCGUCAUCUUUGUUAUUAUCGUCCGACUCUUCACAGUCAGUGUUUAUUAUUGUAAUCGUUGUCAUCAUCUUUAUCAUCAUCACCCGCGUCAUCAUAAUCGUCCACUUACAAUAGCAACAACUACAAUAUUAUUCGCCACCUUUACUUAACGAGAAACUUCUCAAGCGAUUUGCAUAAACAAAUACACUUGUGCACAUUCCAUACAGACACACGGACACACGAGGACAACGUGCGAUAUAGACACAUAGAUACACGCACACAUACAUAGCCAAGCACACACGCACAAACACACACGUAUAUAUACGAACACUCAUACAAUCACAUGUGAAAGCUCACACACUGACACGUAAAAGUGCAGAGAGACACGCCUUUCUGUGGAUCUAUUCGGUGCCGUACUCAAAUCAAUGAAUUAAGACACAGACACACACACACACAGACACGCACUCACACACAGAUACACACAUAGGUGUGCGUGUAUAUUCAUACAUACAUACAUACAUACAUACAUACAUACGUAUGUUUGUACAUACAUCAUUUCUCAACGCGUGCAUGCAUCUCACGUUUACAAUACUAAACAUACUGCAUAUUCCACACACAGGCACAUACGCUGCACACGCGCACACAGACACACGCACAAACACACGCGCGCGCGCGCUCACUCCCAUACGUUCACAGACGAACAGAAUCAUUCGCACAUUCACACAGCGCUAUACCUCACCAUUCUCCACAGCACUGUACACAUAACAAACUCGCGCGCGCACACAGACACAAAAAGACAUACCGUGCACAUCAUAAACACCAAAAGCUUCCACCGGACUCAUUUCAGAGCGGUCGGCGACGGUGGAAAAUAAGAACAGUUAAAAGUAAAAAGCACGCAUAACAAAGCGAGCCACAGUGGAUGGAGGGCGGUAGGUAUAUCUGGCAGAACAGAGCAGACCUACGAAAAUCCCAGGUGAAAUUCUUUAAGCUGCGCCCCAUGAAGGCAAGCGUUCGUUCAAUGGUUGUUAUCAGACAACAGGUGUUGGCUACGAUUUUGUUCUUCGUAGCUGGGGUUAGUUCGGAUUUACAUAUAAUCGGAUUGUUUCCCACGACAACUGAAAGGGAAGCUGGUGCCAUAGGACGUGGGGUCCGUCCAGCUGUAGAACUUGCUAUAGAGAAAGUGAACUCCGAUCCGGGAAUCUUACCUCACUGGAACCUUACUGUAAAUUGGAACGACACUAAGUGCGACAUGGCUGUUGCUACCCGCUUAUUCUUUGAUAUGAUGCACGAAAACACAACUAAAAUCAUAUUAUUUGGCGACGCAUGUUUUAACGUGACAGGACCUAUGGUGCAAAUUUCAAAAUGGUGGAAUAUGACGCAGUUAUCCUAUGCUGACACAAAUCCUUUACUGUCAGAUCGAAAGGAAUAUGAAAAUUUUUUCCGAACAGUACCCAGUGAUAGUGAUUUUAAUCCGGCCAGACUUGCACUUUUGAAACUUUUCCAAUGGUCCCGAGUUGGGACCCUCUUUGAAGAUACAUCCGAACAUGGAUAUUCGAUCAACAGAUUGGUCAGUUUACUUGAAAAGAACAACAUUACUAUUAUAAAAGUACAGAGCUUUGCCGAUGAUGCUGAUACAGCACUGCAAAAUUUAAAGGAGAAAGAUGUUCGUAUCAUUCUCGGAAACUUCUCACCCCAGAUGGCUCCAAACGUCUUCUGUAAUGCCUACAAAAGAGGGAUGUAUGGACCAAAGUACCAGUGGAUAAUCCUUGGUGGUUAUCCGGUGGAUUGGUGGACACAGAGUGAAGAGAAUUGUACUCAAGAGCAAAUCAAUGAGACAAUCCAUGGUUACAUUUCAACAGAUAUCCUCCCACUCAGUAGCAGCAAUUUAGUUACGGAUUCUGGUUGGACGCCAGCAACGUACCUGGACAAAUACAACAAAAAACGAGGAAACGAAUAUAGCAAAUUCCAUGGUUACGCAUUUGACGGAAUCUGGGUGAUUGCAAAGGCAUUUGAUCGUCUGGCGAGAAAGCGGAAACGGCGACAUACACCUUUAGUCUUUACUCGUGAGGAAGUUACUGCAGCUCUAAAUGCAACAAAUUUUCUUGGUGUGACGGGAACCGUCCGUUUCAACAGAGGAGAUCGAGUAGGCGGUAUUCUCUUUGAACAAUUUCAAGAUGGGAAAAUGGUUAAAAUAGGUGAAUAUUACCAACUAGAUGACCAUUUAAACUUAUCAGAUUGGAAUAAAAUCAUUUGGAGAGGUGAGAGGCCACCUCUAGAUGGCUUUUUACGGAUUGAGCAAAUGCAAAGGGUUUCCAUUAUUGCCUAUGGAAUAUUUUCUUCAUUGGCAGCCCUAGGAAUAGUUAUGGCAUGUAUGUUCCUGGCAUUUAAUAUUAAAUUCCGGAAACAUAGAUAUAUAAAGAUGUCGAGUCCAAAUAUGAACAAUAUGAUUGUUACCGGGUGUAUACUUACAUAUACUAGCGUGCUAUUACUAGGAACAGACGGGCGAAUAUUAUCACAUAACAGCUUUGCAUUUAUGUGUAACGCACGAGCUUGGGUAUUAAGUAUUGGUUUUACAUUAGCCUUUGGCGCGAUGUUUAGUAAAACAUGGCGAGUGCAUGCCAUAUUCACCAACAUUAAAUUAAAUAAAAAGGUUAUAAAAGAUUAUAAAUUGUUCCUGAUCGUCGGAGUCCUGUUAGUUGUCGACGGUGUAAUGUUAGGUACUUGGUGGGGCAUGGAUCCAUUCCACAUUGCAAGCAAAGAAUUGUCACAUUCGUUAAAAGGAGACAGUGAAAUUGUCCCUGUUGUAGAGUCAUGCGCCAGUGAUUAUAUGACAAUAUGGAUGGGUCUUAUAUAUGCCUAUAAAGGUUUACUUCUGGUAAUUGGUUGUUUCUUAGCUUGGGAAACACGCCAUGUGAGCAUCCCCGCCUUAAAUGAUUCUAAAUAUAUCGGCAUGAGUGUCUACAAUGUGGUGAUAAUGUGUACAUGUGGAGCUGCCGUUUCUAUUAUCAUCAAAGACAAGCCCACGUCAGCUUUUAUCAUUAUAGGUCUUUUCAUCAUAUUUUGUACAACCAUCACAUUGUGCCUUCUCUUUGUUCCAAAGAUAAUAGAACUUAAAAGAGACCCUAAAGGAGAUGAACGUGCAAGAAUGAGAGCAACUUUUAAAAAACCUUCAUCCAAACAAAUUAGUAUUGAGCCACCAAAUACAGAAUUGCACCAAAAGCUGACUUUAGUGAGUGAUGAAAACAUGAGAUACAAACAAAUACUGGAACAGAAAAACAAAGAAAUCCAAGAACUGAUGGAACAAUUAGGAGAUGAAGCGAGUUUAUAUGAAACAUCAAUGAAAACACCAGUACAUAAAAUGGUAGAAUCAUUAAAAACUACUGAUACAUCUCCUAGCAAGUACUCAAGAAGCACCAUUACGUCGGAUGGCGAUUCUACAUCUAUGAUAUCUGACUUAAGUGCAGCGACGAGUAUAUGGCAAGUUGAUUCUCCAUCUGGUCAGCGAAUUUACCUUCGACUUCAUUCAUUAGGAGAUGACACUUCAUGCACUGAAAGUAUUGAACUUGUAGACUUCAGUAAGAAACCUACUUUUAAUAAAUUGACGCCAAUGAGAGAAGAAUUCGUCCAAAAUGAACACUAUGAUGAUACCUAUGCGACAGUAUAUUGUACAAAAUCAGAAUCCACGUCGAAGCACAGCUUACAAAGCUCUACAGAGCAAGCCGAAGUUCCUAUUAUUCAGCCAGCAGAGGAGGAGCAUCCUCUAGUCCACAAAUAUGCCCACAUAACUUUCUUAGAUGGCCCUGUGGCCGACGAUGAAUCAACGGACUCCUUGGCAAUAGACCAAAAUAAAGAAGAAGAAGAAAGAAGCAUUAUCAGUGGUGACAUGCCAGGCCUAGAAGACAGUAGUGACGAAGACACUCUGGUUGACUAUGAAGAUUGUGAGCUGGCGGACAACCAACUGAGUGAAAGCCCGAGCAGUUGGCAUGAAACUUUCAGCGGCGGCGGAAUCACGUUCUCCGCGUCAUCAAACAGCAGUGAAACCCUCUUCCAUCCCAUCCCUGCCACCAGCAAUGACGAGAUUCAGACCAACAAUUGCAUUAAAAUCGAAGACAAUGACAUCAACAUUAUAGGCACAGACACAUUACAAAUAAGCAUAUCUCCCACUGCGACCACAACGACCAGCACCGUGAAUGACACUAACAUAUCUAGUAGUACUACUUCGAUCAGUACAGCAACAUUUUUAUUAGAAACAUUGUCAUCAUCAUCAGCAGCAACAUCGCCAGAAGAAGAACCAUUAACAGAAGCAUCUGCUACAAUUACACGCCAUAGAAAUAGCGAUUCUAGUUGGGGAUGUAGCCAUAGUGACUCAAGCUGUAGCUCCACAGGCAACAGCAAUGAAUAUAAUAAGAGCAGCGAUAGCAGUAAUAAUAAUAACAACAAAAGAACCAGCAAUAUUAACAGUAGUAGCAGCAGUAGUAGCUGUAGCAGUAGUAGUGCUUGGAGAAGACGAAGCAACAGCAAUAAUAGUACUAAUAGCAGCAAUAGUAGAAUAACGUGCAGAAGUAGAGCAAGGUCUAGAAGUAUAAAGAGUCUAUCAUCAUGUGAAACUGUCUCAAACCGAGCAGAAAGCAAUCAGGAAUUAGCAGCCAACAACAACAAUAGUGAACCCAAUGAUAAUGAAAACACAGACACAAACCAAAACACAAGAGAACAAAUAGAAGCGUGCAGCCUCCUUUCUUGCAAUAUACCUGCAGUAAGUGAAUCUCAUAUAUGGAACACUUUGAACGUUGAGCAAUCUAUCUCGCUAGAACAGAGUGAAACAUAUUUGGCAUCCACAGAAUGGCCGUCGGGAUCAAAGAGUGAACAGGAUAUGGAAAAAGAAAGUUUUCUACAAAAGUCGGAUUCAUUUGAAAAAUUGUACGCUAACAAAGUUGGGGAAACGUCUGCAACUGAAAUUGAAUCAGACCCUGAAGAAAAAGAAAUAUUUGUCGAUACAAUAUUAGACCAAUCAAACACUUCACCCAAAGCAAUGAACAUAUCCCGACCAGUAUUGACAUGCGAUAUUAUCGAGCGUGUUUAAGGUCAUAUAUGUAUAUAUAACACAUAUAUACACACACACUCAUAUUUAUAGGUAAAAAACAUUGAUACAUAUACAUAC